ACAGCUGAGCGGUGGCGCGGCCAGCUGUGGGUGGAGUCACUCCGGGGCCUGGACGGGAACCUGGCGGGGUCAGCUCCCAUCAAGAAGCCUGGCUGAUGGCUGUGUGGGGCCUGGGGAGUCGUCUUGGCCUGCGCGGAUGCUUCGGCGCCGCCAGGCUCCUGUAUCCCCGUUUCCAGAGCUGCAGCCCUCAGGGCGUGGAAGACGGGGACAGGCCACAGCCUUCCUCGAAGACACCCAGGAUCCCCAAGAUUUACACCAAAACGGGAGACAAAGGGUUUUCUAGCACCUUCACAGGAGAAAGGAGACCCAAAGACGACCAAGUGUUUGAAGCCGUGGGAACUACAGAUGAAUUAAGUUCAGCUAUUGGGUUUGCUGUGGAAUUAGUCACAGAAAAGGGCCACAUAUUUGCUGAAGAGCUUCAGAAAAUCCAGUGCACAUUGCAGGACGUCGGCUCGGCUCUGGCGACACCGCGCUCCUCGGCCCGGGAGGCUCACUUAAAGUACACCACGUUCGAGUCGGGGCCCAUCCUGGAGCUGGAGCAGUGGAUCGACAAGUAUACCUGCCAGCUCGCACCACUCACGGCCUUCAUCCUGCCUUCGGGAGGCAAGAUCAGCUCAGCACUGCAUUUCUGCCGGGCCGUGUGCCGCCGGGCUGAGAGACGCGUGGUGCCUCUUGUCCAGAUGGGAGAGACCGAUGCGAACGUGGCCAAGUUCUUAAACAGACUCAGUGACUAUCUCUUCACACUAGCCAGAUAUGCAGCCAUGAAGGAGGGGAAUCAAGAGAAAAUAUACAAGAAAAAUGACCCAUCAGCCAAGUCUGAGGCACGCUGAAAUCACAGAAAGUGGGAGCUUGGAGGAUCCCCCCGUGGCAAUGGUCAUGGAGAGAGGAGCUUGCCCUUCUGGGGUCCUGGUUCCUGAAGAGCUCACCCAGAGAGACUGAAAGCAGCCUUUCGUCCCAGCUCUGCUUUGCUCCACACCUCCUGCCACCUUCCUCAAGGGACUGUGGCCCUUUGGGGAUUCUGUCCCUGACCCUGCUUCCCCAAGCUCUCCUGGGUCUUGGAGGGAUGUGGGAAUGAAUUGGCAUUGCAGGAAAGACAGGUAAAGUGAUUGCUGCAAUGAGAAGGAGCUGUGCGGAAAAAGAAUAAAAGUGAGAAAGGCUGGAGCUGUGUGUGUGUGUGUGUGUGUGUGUGUGUGUGUGUGUGUGUGUGUGUGCGGAAAAAGAAUAAAAGUGAGAAAGGCUGGAGCCGUGUGUGUGUGUGUGUGUGUGUGUGUGUGUCCUCCCACUGCCAGCUCAGAUUGUUCAGAGAUUUGGAGUGUGUGUGUGUGUGUGUGUGUGUGUGUGUGUGUGUGUGUCCUCCCACUGCCAGCUCAGAUUGUUCAGAGAUUUGGAGAGUGUGUGUGUGUGUGUGUGUGUGUGUGUGUGUGUCCUCCCACUGCCAGCUCAGAUUGUUCAGAGAUUUGGAAUGGGACCAGAGGCCCUUGAAAAUGUAAUUGUGAUUUACCUGUGCCAGAGGGGCUUUAAAUGUCACAUUUGUAACGGGGAAGGCAGACAGGAUUUGGAAGUUUAGUUACCUCUGAGCCACCCAUCACCGCCAAAGUGUGGGGGAAGGAUAGCUGCAGAUUGACAGGCGAGGCUCAGAAACUCCUGGCUUAGAUUGAAGUGUGUGUGGUGGGGGUGCAGCUUAGAGGACCCCCUCUGAAAGGGGUGGAGACCCUGCUGAGAACAACACUACCGCUUGAAGGUGAACAUUCCCUGUCCAGUUGGACUGAGUCGAGGGUCUGCGGUGCAGCAUCUUCAGCUUAAGAAAAUGAGGUUGUCAGUUUCCAGUGACGCUGACAUCCACCAGACUGAUUUCUCUGAUGUUGCACUUGGCUGGCUUAUGCCUCUGAGAUCCAUGCACGGCUGUAUUUAUUUCAGCUGUCACCGCUCCUCCCUCCUGCUAUGAAACGACACUUGCCAGUGCCAGCAGUGUCCUUGGGAAAGGCGAUAUUUAUGAAGGGCAGAAGAGGCAGCCCCAAGAACCUGAAGACUGCAGGCUGCUAAUUGCAGGAAAUGACUUUGGAAGGACAGACUCUUGUUGAGUUUCAGGGCUGAAAUGCCUGGCGAACUCCUUUCAGCCAUCACGUAUUGACUGAGUGGCUGCUUAGCAUGGGCCACGGAGCGAGGCUCGGGUCAGCUGGUCACUCAGGCCAUCUUUCAUGCUGGCAAGUCAGCAAACAUUACAUUCUCAGUCAUGUGCA